GCACUUGCAUAUUAGAAUUUAGCAUGUUGAGGAUAUGAACAAGGAGACCGAUUUUAAAAGGAAUUAUUGAAGGUCCUUAGAAACGGAAAACUUCAGAGAAAAGAGGGGAUUUUCGGAUGGGAUCAACUAGCGGGAAUGAGCUUACACAAUCGAGCUCCAAAAGAUUCAAUGCUAAAGAAGAGAAUAUAUUUGUUUCUAUUAGGUUGAGGCCAUUAAGUGCUAAAGAAAUUGCAGUAAAUGAUGUUUCGGAAUGGGAGUGCAUUAACAACAAUUCCAUCAUAAACCUAACAGAAAAGUCUUUAUCUCCGCAAGCUUAUACAUUUGACAGGGUAUUUGGACCCGACUGCUCCUCAAAACAGGUGUACCAUGAAGGAGCCAAAGAAGUCGUUCUCUCAGCUGUCAAAGGAAUUAACGCAACUAUCUUUGCAUAUGGACAGACGGGCAGUGGAAAAACAUAUACCAUGUUUAGUAUUACUGAAUAUACAAUUGCUGAUGUAUUUGACUAUAUAGACAAGCAUAAGGAGUGGAAAUUCGAGCUGAAAUUCUCUGCUAUGGAGAUAUAUAAUGAGUCUGUUAGAGACCUUUUGAUUCUGGAUGGUACUAAUCUCAGGCUCCUUGAUGAUCCAGAGAAGGGGACAGUCGUUGAGAAACUAUCAGAGGAAACUUUGAGGGACUGGAACCAUUUUAAAGAGCUCCUGUCUAUUUGUGAAGCUCAAAGACAUAUAGGAGGAACCGCUCUGAAUGAAGUGAGUUCAAGAUCUCAUCAGAUUAUCCGACUGACAAUUGAAAGUUCCUCUCGUCAGUGUUCUCAUGUUGUAGAUUCAAGCAAACUAACAGCUUCUGUGAAUUUUGUUGAUCUUGCUGGAAGUGAACGUGCCUCACAGACAUUGGCAGCUGGUUCGAGAUUGAAAGAAGGUUCCCACAUCAAUCGCAGUUUACUAACUCUUGGAACUGUUAUUCGCAAAUUAAGCAACGGAGGAAAUGGCCAUGUGCCUUAUAGAGACUCAAAGCUGACACGCAUACUUCAGAACUCCUUAGGAGGCAAUGCAAGGACAGCCAUCAUUUGCACAAUGAGCCCAGCUGGCAGUCAUGUUGAGCAAUCGAGAAAUGCUCUCUUGUUUGCUAGUCGUGCAAAGGAAGUUAGCACCAAUGCCCGUGUCAAUUUAGUGAUGUCGGAUAAGGAGCUGGUAAAGAAGUUGCAAGGGGCACUGUCUAGAAUGGAGAAUGAACUCAGAACUUUAGGGUCAAUGGCUGCCACUGAAAAUUCUGGAGCAUUGCUCAAGGAAAAAGAACUUGUCAUUAAAAAUAUGGAAAAUGAAAUUGAGGAGCUGAGAUGUCAGAGAGAUAAUGCUCAAUCCCGUUUUCAGGAGUUGUUACAAACCGUUGAGACUCAAACUUCCACACCAAAGGUAGUUGGAUAUCAUCAUAAUGCCACAGGGCAAGAAUCUCCAAAUGCAUGGCUAGAUGAUUAUGCAGCAUCUGGAACAUGGAAAGAGAUUGUUCAAUUUGAUGAUGCAGAUAAUCUCUUUCACCUCGACGAUCAAGACAUUCAAUUCCUGGAACAAUGUAAUGAUGAUCAGUUUCAAUAUAAUGGUACCAACUCAGAUAUUGUCUUUAAUGGUGAAGAUUAUGUUCAACACAUAGAAAAAGAAAAAUCAAGCAUAAGCAUGAGCUCCGAGGCCAAAGCAGAGGAGGGGAACUUAAGCCAUAUAAUAGAAACAGGACCUUCAUAUGAGGCAUUGAAGCUGAAGGUUCUGGAAUUGCAGAAAACUAUUCAAACCCUUGUUGAUCCAUACCCAGUUGAACUAUCUCCUUAUCCUUUGGAAACUGGCACAUCAAGCUCUAGAAGCUUGAUGUUAGCAAGAAGUAGAAGCUGCAGUGCUGUCAUGCCAAUGCCAAUGUUUUCACCUUGGGUUGAUAAGGGGGCAAAUGGUAAGAGCAACCUGCCAUAUUACUUAGAGAAGAAUUACCAGGGAAGCUCUGAAGGAGGUCACCAUCAAACAAGGUCUUAUGGCCAGAUUUACCAUGCCGACAUUGAUAAGUUUGGUGGGAAUGGCUCGCAGAAUUCUUUCGACGACGCUCCUGCUGACAAAAGCAAUGUACAUGGAGGCAACAUGGUUGGUGAAUGUGAGUCUUCAGAAGCGCUUGAUGAAAUUGUAUACUCUUACAAUCAGCACAUGCCUGGAAAUGAAUUGGUGAUAGAAACUAGGUCAAAGGCUAACAGAUCAGAUAAACACACCCAGGAAAGCUUGAACAAGUUGGAUCAGUCUCCAGAACAUCCUACUAGUUGGCCAAAUGAAUUUGAGAAGCAGCAAAGAGAGAUAAUUGAGCUUUGGGAUGCAUGCUUUGCCCCAUUGACUCACAGAUCCCAAUUCUUCUUGCUUUUCAAAGGCGAUCCGUCAGACUCUGUUUACAUGGAAGUUGAACUCAGACGGCUUACUUAUCUUAAGUCAGCUCUUUCUCAAGGGACUAAGAUCACAGUCGAUGGAAACGUUCUCAGUUCUGCUUUAAGUAAGACGGCAUUGAGUCGCGAGAGAAGAAUGCUGAGCAAGCUAAUGCUGAGAAGGUUCUCGGCCAAGCAAAGACAAGCUCUUUAUCAUGAGUUUGAAGUCGGGUUAAACACAAAGCAUAGGAGAAGGCAACUGUCACUUCGAUUAUGGACAUACACUAAAGAUUUGAACCACGUUAAACGCAGUGCUUCCAUUGUUGCGGAAUUAAGUGGUUGUUUAGCCCCUAAGGAGAUGCUUGGAUUAAGCUUAUCUAGUCUUCCACCUAGGGGAAGAUCUUUCAAUUUGAAGCAUGGCAUAUCAUCUUUAUAUAAGUAAAUAUACUAACAAAAUGAAUACAUCCAUUACAAAUAAGAUUUCUCAAUAGUUGUAUAUGAAUAUGUACAAUACCAAUCGCAGAAAAAAAAGGGGUGAGAACAAGGAUCAUUUAUGCUUCG